CUUCUGCGACGAGCAGAGGAGAUGGCGUUGGGGAUCCCGCCCUCCUAGGCACCCCGUUUGGAAGACUGGGUGGGGCAGGGAAGAGCCAGUGGCAAAGGGGGCGAGGCAAGGGGAGGGUCAGUAGGGGAGGCGGGGCCCCUGUUUGGUGGCCUCUUGCCUCGGCGGUGAGCCCCAGUCCACUCAGCUCCCAGACGGCGAGGCGGCAUCAGCAGCAGUAGCAAGUGGGCCAUGGCGGAGGACGAGCCGAAGCCUUCGCAGCUCAGCAUGCCUUUAGUCCUGGACCGGGACCUGACCAAGCAGAUGCGGCUGCGCGUGGAGAGCCUGAAGCAGCGCGGGCAGAAGCGCCAGGAUGGCGAGAAGCUGCUGCGGCCGGCCGAGUCCGUGUACCGCAUUGACUUCAUCCAGCAGCACAGGCUGCAGUUUGAGCGCUGGGACGUCGUGCUGGACCAGCCGGGCAAGGUCACCAUCACGGGCACCUCCCAGAACUGGACGCCCGACCUCACCAACCUCAUGACGCGGCAGCUGCUCGACCCCGCGGCCAUCUUCUGGCGCAAGGAGGACUCGGAGGUCAUGGACUGGAAUGAGGCCGACGCCCUGGAGUUCGGGGAGCGCCUGUCCGACCUGGCCAAGAUCCGCAAGGUCAUGUACUUCCUCAUCACCUUCAGCGAGGGCCUUGAGCCCGCCAACCUCAAGGCUUCCGUGGUCUUUAACCAGCUCUGAUGGAAGCAGCUGGUUGCCACCCCCUCCCCUUGCCCACUUGCCUGCUCCCUGCACCUCCCCCUCCCCCCCAGGUGUGUGUUUGGGGACAUUAUCUUCUAGCUACUGGCCUGUACUUGCUUGGCCGGAGGGAGCCUGCGUCCUUCCUCCUCUCCUUUCCCUGGUGCUGACGCUCCCCGCUCAUGGGAGGAAGAUGCAAACUCUUUGUAGUCUAGAAGCUAAGCUGGCUGCCACUGCUUCUGCUGUAGACCGUGGUGGCCUGGUCCGGGCCAGUGUGGGAAGAUGAGAGGCCAUGGGAGAUUGCCUUCUGUCUGCUCCAUCGCUGGGAGAAACUGAGAGAGACCAAGAUAGAAUCAGCAACAGGCAGAGAGAGACAUAACUAAAGAACCAGCCUUCCGGCUUCCUCCAGAGACAGAGAGGCAGAGACGACAGAGUAGCCUCCUUGGAGAGUCUGGCAAACAGGCAUUUGCUGCCCUCCUGGCCACAAAGCCUUUCCCUGGAGUCCGUGUCCGGAUGUGAACACCCAGCCCGAGAACCCAGGAAGGCGCUUCUCUGGGUACCUUGUGUGGUCCCACGACACCUUACUCUUAACACAUCCGGCCGGGGUGCCGUGGGGGCUGAUUUGGGCAUGGGGAGUGGCUGGCAUGCUGGGGGCUGUGCAGACCAACUCUUGUUCUUCUGAGAAUGACUUCAGGAGGGGAGAAGUGAAGGGGGACAUCUGUCUAUCUAUACAUAUACAUGUAUGUCAAGAGGGAUCAUGCUAUGUUCAUUUGGAUAUAUUCUGUACCUGCCCUGUGAACAAGUCUGACUCUAGAUGAUCUAUCAUAUAGUCACCCAGCUGGUUGCCUGGUGGCCUUUAGCAGGAGCUUGAUCAGGGUGGCACUGGGGACGGGGUGCUUCUGAGCUGGGAGAGGUUCAUGCAGUGAAGUGGGGAGCAGUAUAGUAAGCAGAUUUCCCUCUGCCAGGGUGGGGGGAGCUGGAUAGACGGGUCCAGAGCCCUGGAGCUGGAGGCAGUAGCAUCUCUGGGGCUUGCUGGGAUGUCAGGCUCUUCCUGGGUGACUGUUGGAAGAUGGUGAGCACAUCGUCCCAGUGUGGCAUCUUUGGUGGAGGCAAAGGGUGGGGAUGGACAUGGCCUGGGAGAGCAGUUGUGACAGCUGAUGGUCAGAAAUGGGCUGGGGGUGGCAGCAUGGUGUGAUGGUGGAACACUGGCCUCAGAGGUUGCUGGGCGCAACCCACUCACCAGAGAGGGAAACUGAGGCACAGUUGCCAGCAGAUUCAGUUCCAGCCCCCACGCCUCACUCCCCUUCACACUACACAGGCCCAGAGUUCUGGCAUCAGCCAAGGGCGCUUCAGGAGGUAUCUCCAGGCCAGCCCCUUUUUUUUUUUUUUUUGGUCAGGGAUGAGCCUGUGAUAAUUUGCUCAAGAGGCAGAGCUGUCGAGGGGUUGGAGGGCCCUGGGAACAGAGGCAGUGAGAGAUGGAGGAUGAGAGCCAACCCCAGUGAUCGGCGCUGCUGGUAGGGCAGGCAAGUGGAAGCAGCUGGAGUAGGAUUCUUCACUGGAAAGUUUGAUGUGAUGUGAGCAAUGGUCCGUCCUAACUCAAGGCUCAGGGGUCUAUUCCGGGACAUGCCAGGAUUCCUGAGUGCUCUCUGCUGACUCCGAGAGAGCCUGGAGGCCAGACCCCGGCGGAUGGCGCAGCCCUUCUGUCUUUGCUUGACCUCUCCCCGCAGCUCUGGGGACCCUCUUGGUGCAGCCUGCUUGUACCCCCACCACGUCUGCCCCACGCAGGCGUGAGUGCCUCUGCCGUGGCCACUGUGCGUCCCCAAUAAAGCCUGUGUGGCCCACCUCGUGGUGUGCGUUCUCUCGUCAGGAGCCACCCCCUCCCUGGGCCCUCUCCACAGUCCUGCCCUCUCCUCCUGCUGCUGCUUUCAGGGACGAGUCCCCGAGCAGGCAGGUGACUGGCCCAAGAUCAGAUGUCAGGAUGGACUUUGAAACCAGGUGCCCUGACACCCAGCCAAGAACCAAUACCCCUGACAGUUUUUUCUCCAGUGGUUCCCAGACCAGCCUACGUGUGAGGCCUCUGGGAGGCAGGGGGCACCGAGAGGGGAUGGGGAGAACUCACCAAGUCAGGCUCCAUCUUGAGUCUCCCUCCCUUGCAGGGUGGCUGGGCAGGGGGCAGGUGGGACAGGAGAGUGGCUCAGGGGUAGGUAGGGUCAGGCCUGUGCCCAGGUUUCAUCUGGCUUCGGUCACUGAUUUGCUGCCUGUCCUCAGGCAGGCCUUGUUUCUCCCCCAGCCUCAGACUUUCUAAAGGGAACAGCCUGCUUCCGUGAAGCCCUUGCAUUCCUGCCCCGCUGACCGGAUAAGGCCCAUGCCACCAUGACGCCUUAGUGCCCCAACUGAGCCUGCCCCUCACUCAGUGUUUGGACAGUGACAACAGAAGCCCAAGGAGGAAGCUGCUUGCCUGAAGUCACAGCGGGUGUGGAGGGCCAGGGAGGGUGUAUAUGUGAACCAAGCUCUGGAUCUGUGGACCUUUGACCCCAUGACACUGGCCCCCUGGAAUGGGCAGGGGUGAUGCCCCCAUCCCACCGGAGGGCUCAGGCCCCAGGCGAGGCUGGUUUCUCUCCAGAGACAAGGUCAGGCCUCGCUUCAGAGGCCACUCUUCGGGUUUUGCUUCAGAACAACCCCCAGGCAGGUCUCGCAGCCCUGUCUUCCUCCACCCCAGAGCCCUGCCCAGAGCAGCCUCUUCCCCAAGCCCCACCGUCCAGCCACAGCCUCCAUCCACUCCUGAAGAUGCUUCUGGGAGGUGUGUGUGUGUGGGGGCGGGGGGCUGGAAACCGAGAGAGGAA